AGAAGAAGAAGAAUGACGUCAUUGGAUAGCGGCGCCGUGUUAGACUGGAAUGGGACCUGAAGAUUUUCCCCAAAUUUUGAUAGCUUAAUCCAUGAAUGGCGCCGAAACAGGACCCGAAACCUAAAUUUCAAGAAGGUGAAAGAGUGCUGUGUUUUCAUGGGCCAUUGCUCUACGAAGCUAAGUGUGUUAAGAUUAAUAUCAAGGACAAACAGAUCAAAUACUUCAUUCAUUACAGUGGUUGGAAUAAGAACUGGGACGAAUGGGUUCCUGAAAGCAGAGUACUGAAGUAUGUGGACAGUAAUCUUCAGAAACAAAAAGAGCUUCAGAGGGCCAAUCAAGACCAUUAUGUAGAAGGGAGAAUGAGGGGAGCUGCACCGAAUAAGAAGAUCCCUCCUGCAUCGCAGAAAAAUGAUGUGAAAACCAAAAAGAACAAACAGAAGACUCCUGGAGCAGGAGAAGGAACCAGUUCAGGAGGAGAUCCUACGCAUCCUCCAAGAAAGAAAAGAGCACGUGUUGACCCGACGGUUGAAAGUGAGGAAACAUUUAUAAACCGAGUGGAGGUAAAAGUAAAAAUCCCAGAAGAGCUUAAACCAUGGCUUGUGGAUGACUGGGACCUGAUUACACGUCAAAAACAGCUUUUUCACCUUCCAGCCAAAAAAAACGUUGACACUGUCCUCGAAGACUAUGGAAACUACAAGAAAUCAAGAGGAAACUCUGACAGCAAGGAGUUUGCUGUGAAUGAGGUGGUCGCCGGUAUCCGUGAAUAUUUCAACGUCAUGCUGGGGACGCAGCUUCUUUACAAAUUUGAGCGGCCUCAGUACGCAGACAUCCUGGCUAACCACCCCGACACACCCAUGUCUCAGAUCUACGGCGCUCCUCACCUACUCAGACUCUUCGUGAGAAUUGGGGCCAUGCUGGCAUACACUCCCUUGGAUGAAAAGAGCCUCGCACUGCUGCUCAGUUAUCUACAAGACUUUCUCAAGUAUCUCGUGAAGAACUCUGCGUCACUCUUCAAUGCAAGCGACUAUGAAGUCGCCCCACCAGAGUAUCAUCGCAAGGCAGUCUAGGUUUUUUUUUUUUCCUUUAGGUCUGAAACCUUUGCGUGUUAAAGGUCAAAAAGGAUACUCUCGUCAGUUGAAAGAAUGUUAUUUCAACAUUUGAGGAACAGAUUUUGUAAAACUAUUUUUGGUUAUCUUGGAAGAUUCAUGGCAGGAUAUGUGAAUGAAGUCUUUUUUUUUUUUUCAUGAGGAAAGCUGCUGACAACUUUUUUUUUCCUGUACUGGUAUGUUUUUGAUCAUCACUAUUAUGUUUCCUUUGUUUUGUUUGUCUAAUGUUAACCAGCAUCUUCUCAAAUUUGGACAUGAUUGUUUCUGUUUCCUAACUUGAAACAGAUGCUGGUUGCAAAUGUCCUGCAAGCAGUUAUUUUUUAAUAAAAGUCUUUCGUUCUUUAA